AGAGAAUAAGUGAUAGUGAAGUCUCUGACUAUGACUGUGAUGAUGGAAUUGGUGUAGUAUCAGAUUAUCGUCACAAUGGUCGAGAUCUUCAAAGCUCAACAUUAUCAGUGCCAGAACAAGUAAUGUCAUCAAACCAUUGUUCACCCUCAGGUUCUCCUCAUCGAGUAGAUGUUAUUGGAAGGACUAGAUCGUGGUCACCCAGUGUCCCUCCUCCACAAAGUAGGAAUGUGGAACAGGGACUUCGAGGGACCCGUACUACAACUGGACAUUAUAAUACAAUUAGUCGAAUGGAUAGACAUCAUAUCAUGGAUGACCAUUACUCUCCAGAUAGAGACAGGGAUUGUGAAGCAGCAGAUAGACAGCCAUAUCACAGAUCCAGAUCAACAGAACAACGGCCUCACCUUGAGCGGACCACCACCCGCUCCAGAUCCACUGAACGUCCUGAUACAAACCUCAUGAGGUCGAUGCCUUCAUUAAUGACUGGAAGAUCUGCCCCUCCUUCACCUGCCUUAUCGAGGUCUCAUCCUCGAACUGGGUCUGUCCAGACCAGCCCAUCAAGUACUCCAGUGGCAGGACGAAGGGGUCGACAGCUUCCACAGCUUCCACCAAAGGGAACAUUGGAGAGAAAAGCAGGAGGUAAAAAGCUACGGAGCACUGUCCAGAGGAGUACAGAAACAGGUCUGGCGGUGGAGAUGAGGAACUGGAUGACCCGACAGGCAAGCCGGGAAUCCACUGAUGGCAGCAUGAACAGCUAUAGCUCAGAAGGAAAUCUGAUUUUCCCUGGUGUCCGCUUGGCCUCCGAUAGCCAGUUUAGUGAUUUCCUUGAUGGCCUUGGUCCUGCUCAGCUAGUGGGACGCCAGACUUUAGCUACUCCUGCAAUGGGUGAUAUUCAGAUAGGAAUGAUGGACAAAAAGGGACAAUUGGAGGUGGAAAUCAUUCGGGCCCGUGGCCUUGUUGUAAAACCAGGUUCCAAGACACUGCCAGCACCCUACGUAAAGGUGUACCUAUUAGAUAAUGGAGUCUGCAUAGCCAAGAAGAAAACAAAAGUGGCAAGAAAAACGCUGGAGCCCCUUUACCAGCAGCUGUUAUCUUUUGAAGAGAGUCCUCAAGGAAAAGUUUUACAGAUCAUUGUCUGGGGAGAUUAUGGCCGCAUGGAUCACAAAUCCUUUAUGGGCGUGGCCCAGAUUCUUUUAGAUGAACUGGAACUAUCCAAUAUGGUGAUUGGAUGGUUCAAACUCUUCCCCCCUUCCUCCCUAGUAGAUCCAACCUUGGCCCCUCUGACCAGAAGAGCUUCCCAAUCAUCUCUGGAAAGUUCAACCGGACCUUCUUACUCUCGUUCAUAGCAGCUGUAAAACUGUUGUCACAGCAACCAGCGUUACAAAAGGAAAAAAAAAAAAAAAGAAAAAAAUCCACAGGUCGCAAACCCUGGUAACACUGCAUGCUUAAUGUUGUGUCUUCUGAGCCCGUUUCUAGGGAUACAGAGCGAUCCUGUGUUCUCAGAGGAAGUUGCACACAUUGUGCCCUAAGGAAGGCCCUCAGGUGAAAGGACAGAGCUAUGAAGAACUGAGAGGUUUGGAGUUCAGCCACACUGGAGUUGUGGUCCAAUCUGAAGCCAUGGAUUUAUCUCAAAGAAUCAGUCAGUUUCAUGCAACAAAAGCCCUUUUCAAUGGCACCUUUAUAUUUUUAUUGUUCCUUUUUCUUCAUUUAUCUGACCCCAAAGCCCCAUUAUGCCACAGAAAUAGAGCUAUACAGCCUCUGAGCCAUGUUACAGGUCAAGGAGCAAAGAAGUCCUUAGAAGCAUCAGGUGUAAAGCAAGACACCAAAGAAGUGGUCGGGAACAAAGUGUCAGCCCUCCCCUGGACAGGGUCCAGCAGGAAGAGUGGCCAACUCAGUAGCUCCAGCCGCAUGUCAUUCACUAAUGCCAAGAUGUGUUGGACUCUGAAAAACAAAGUUCUGUGGCUACACUGUACUGAAUGAAAUUAAAGAAACUUUUUUUGCAUGGACACAGAUUAGCUGAUUACUUAAAUUAUUUUCUUGGGGCUGCAACUUGCAAAAAAAGAAAAAUAAAUAAAAAUCAGCCAUUUUCAACAAUUUAUAUUAUUUUUAAAAAUAAAUUUCACUAGUGCAUGGUUUUAAAAAGGGGAGAGAAUGCAACAGGGUGAUACAAGACACACCAUGUUUAUUCUUUAAGCUAAUCAUAGUCUGUGUUUUGGCAGACAUUACAAAUGAAAAUUCUUUCUAGAAGAUGCGUAAAAUUCUCUUUAUGUGACAAAUAAGUAUAAUAUAUUCAAUUUAUUUCCAUGUUAAAUAUACAGAUCUUAUGGAGUUCAAUAUGUGCAAAUUUUUCACAUCUUUCUCUUCUCUGUCUUACUUUUCCUCUUCUCCCUCUUUUAAUAUUUUAUUUUUGUUCUCCCAGAGUGAACCUUAUUCUAAAAAAUUACAACUUUUUGAUCUGAUCCUCUCUUAUAACCCAUGUUUGAUUCAGAGCUAUAGAUGCUUCUGAAUUUAUGAAUUUCUCAAGGGAAAAUCUAUUUAAGAGCUUUCUUUAUUUCAAGCAUGUUGAAAAGGAUUUUGCAACAUGACUUGGGAGUACAUUAAAGUAAGUCAGCAUGUAUUUGACAAAGAACUUUUGCAAUUUAUUGUACAGUGCAUGGUAAUUUUUUUUUCACCUUCAAAAUUCAGUUUACAGGAAAAUCCUAAAAUCAUGUGGCCAUUGUAAUGUCUAAUAAAUUUGUUUUUAGCACCAGCAUUAUUCAUACAGGGGUUAAAGUAUUAUUUGUAGAAGGUCUUAGGUUUUGUUUGUUUUUUAAUUAGUUAAAGCAGUUUCUUUAGCCAAUUUCCAUUUACUAUGUGAAUAGAAACACUGCUAAAAAUUUGAAGCCCUGAAACACAGGGCUGUUUAUUAAUUCAUUUUUCUGUAGUAAAAUUCAAUUUUUCACAAAUUAUAUUUCUAAAGAAAUAUAGUAAACAUAAAUUUGCAACAAUUUUAAAGCUCCAAUUUUUAGGUGACUCCAAGAAAGUCAAUAUGCCUAUUAAUAGUUCUUUGAUGCCAUCACCAAAAGUCUUCAGGCAAUUUCUUUAAAGUCGAAACCCCUGCCUUUGGUUUCACAGAGAGUUAUUACCAUUGGGUGGUGCUGCAAGGUCAGAUUUCUCUUAAGUUCCCCUAUUUUGAGGAAAAGUCACUGGAUAAUGUAUAAACCACCCAUACUUUCUGGUUCUUAUGUACAUUUUGAUAGUACAUUCUUAUAGAUUGGUUUUAAUUUCUUGCAAUAACUUUUGAAAUCCACAUACCUCCCAUUUGUUGAAAUGAAGACCAUGCACAAAAAUUCUUUUCUUCCUCUUCUUUUUUUUUUUUAAUCCAGUGCUGACCAUUACAAACUAUCAUGCUUGAUAUGGUGCAAAAGUUAAAAUGAGUAUCACUAAAAAUGCCUUCUCAUUAUGUGGUGCAAUAUGAAAUACACCGAGACUGUGUCUUGAUAUUUGGAGAUCUAUGAUGGACCCAGGUAAAGUUGUUAAAAGAAUGAAUAAAACUUUAUUGAAAUAAUUUAGACACCUGUGUACCAGCAACAAUUGGUUUAAUAGACCUAUAGUGUCUAUACUAUCCCUUAGAUUAAACGUUUACCAUUUUCCUGAUACUAAGAUGCACUCACAUAAUCUUUUGUGCAUAUUCCUAUAAAAAUUAUUUCUAAUUUUAAUAAGAAGGAUAUGACUGUAUGGAAUAUUUGUACAUACGUGUCAUUAUGCAGUAUUUAUUUAAAAGUUGGUGUUUUUGUUUUUGUUUUUAAUUUCCACAUGUCUGCACCUCAACUCGUGGUUUAGUCAUGUAAAUAGCACUCUGCCAGUGAUCAUUGCUGCCCUGUACAUAGUAUGUUUUAAAGUAAAGGGAAUUCCAGUUGGGGGAAAAAAAGGGCAGAUUAGUCCUGUAACAAACACCAACUAAUGUAAAUCAAAUUCAUUCUGGUGAUGGUAUUUAACACUUUAAAUAAAACAUUUUCUUUACAG